CCGCCGGCCGCUGCUGCGGGAUGCUGCGCUCCACGUCCACCGUCACCCUGCUCUCGGGCGGCGGCGCCAGGGCACCCGGGGCGCCCAGCAGGAGGGCGAAUGUCUGCAGACUGCGGCUGACCGUCCCCCCCGAGAGUCCGGCCUCAGAGCCCGGUGAAAAGAAGACUGAAAGAAAAGAACAACAGCCUGACCUAAGCAAUGGGGAGCCCACCAGGAAACUUCCUCAGGGUGUCGUCUACGGCGUGGUGCGGAGAUCAGAUCCAAAUGAGCAGAAGGAAAUGGUGGUGUACGGGUGGUCCACCAACCAGCUGAAAGAAGAGAUGAACUACAUCAGAGACGUGAGAGCCACUUUGGAAGAAGUAAGGAAGCGAAUGUAUGGAGACUAUGAUGAAAUGAGACAGAAGAUUCGACAGCUCACCCAGGAAUUGUCAGCUUCCCAGGCUCAGCAGGAGUAUCUCAAGAAUCACAUCCAGACACAGUCGUCAGCCCUGGACAGUUUUAAUGCCACGAACUCGGCCUUAACGUCGGACUCCAUCGGCCUGCAGAAAACCCUGGUGGAUGUUACUUUGGAAAAUAGCAACAUUAAGGAUCAAAUGAGAGACUUGCGGCAGACCUAUGAAGCCUCCGUGGGCCAGCUACGGGAAAAGCAGAGGCAGUUGGAGGUGGCGCAGGUAGAAAACCAGCUGCUGAAAAUGAAGGUGGAAUCCUCUCAGCAAGCCAACGCCGAGGUGAUGAGAGAGAUGACCAAGAAGCUGUACAGCCAGUACGAGGAGAAGCUGCAGGAGGAGCAGCGGAAGCACAGCGCCGAGAAGGAGGCUCUCCUGGAAGAAACCAAGAGUUUUCUGAAAGCAAUUGAGGAAGCCAAUGAAAAGAUGGAAGCGGCGGAGAUGAGCCUGGAGGAGAAGGACCGGAGGAUCGGAGAGCUGGACAGGCUGAUUGAGCGCAUGGAAAAGGAACGUCAUCAGCUGCAACUCCAGCUCCUGGAGCACGAAACAGAAAUGUCAGUGGAAAUAAUGGACUCUGACAAGGAAAGGUAUCAGCAGCUGGAGGAGGCGUCAGCCAGCCUCCGGGAACGGAUCCGGCACCUGGACGACAUGGUGCAUUGUCAGCAGAAGAAAGUCAAGCAGAUGGUUGAGGAGAUUGAAUCGUUGAAGAAGAAGGUGCAGCAGAAACAGCUCUUAAUAUUGCAGCUUUUGGAAAAGAUCUCUUUCUUAGAAGGAGAGAAUAACGAACUACAAAGCAGGUUGGACUAUUUAAUAGAAACCCAGGCCAAGCCUGAGGUGGAGACCAGAGAGAUUGGAGUGGGCUGCGAUCUUCUCCCCAGCCCAACAGGUAGGACUCGUGAAAUCUCAAUACCUUCCAGGAACUACACUCCAUACACACGGGUCUUGGAGUUAACCACGAAGAAAACACUGACUUAGGCACGUGGAGACACACACUUUGAACGGAUGGACAAAAGCCCUAGAACCGUGCGGCUCGAGGUCUGGGAAGGGAGGCUUCUGCUUCCUCCUAUCCAAGUUUCAGCCAGAAAGGAGACUGCUGAGGUUCUGAUCUACUUCUAAAACAUGAAGGAAAAAUGAGGUAGAAGGGGAGGGCAGGAGAGAGAGCUUUCAAGGUCAUAUUUCAAACACCCAACCAUGCUUUACUGGGCCAUCAUUAGCUUUCCAAGUAGACACUGAAAUUCUGUCAGAAUUCCCUCACAAUUUAUUUUCUGGUUCACUAGCCUUCGGUUGGGAGGAAAAAGGGCAUUAAUUUGAAAUUUCAUGUUAUUCACGCCAGGAUCAUUUGUUAUAGCAUGAAGGUUUUAUUCACCCAUAAAAGUAUUAGAAGUGAUGUUUCUCUGGUGCCAAGAAGCCUGUCCAUAGGUGCAGGGGCACCUGGGGAUACCUGACCCUGCCAGGGAAGGGUGCUCACUCCUCUUGGUCCCCCGGAUCUGUAUGGGGUUGUGGGAGCCACGGGUGGAGACUGGCCUCCUGCGGGCACAAGUGCCUCGUUCUCAUGUGCUAAUCCUUGGUUUAAUUUGUGCCUUAUGCCUUCAUGGGGCUCACUGAAAUCAGUGUAUUUAUUUCACCUGUGAUUUUUUCUUCCCUUUCUCACUUUAACUGAAAGAAUUUUUUUGUAUGUUGUGAAAAGGUAAUCAUUGAAUGUUUUCAGUAUCAAUUGUUUUUUUAAAGUAAUUUGUUCAUGCAUGUUCUACUCUGAUAUAACCUAUGUCACAUAUGUUUAAUAAAUGCCAUAUAUUUUCUU